UUGUGUAUAAUAUUUUCUCAACCACCGAUGAGGCUGAGCUCCUAUCAUGCAUUAUCAAUUUUUUCUAACCAGAUUACUCAAUUCUUUUUUUCGUUUAAUAAAAUUCACGAUGCUAAUGAGGAGUAUGCCCAUGUGUUUCUUGGUACAUAAAAGAGAGUUAGUAUCCCCAUUCUCAUCUUAGUAUGCCCAUGUGAUUGUCGUAGCGGAAAAAAUAUAUUUUCUUUUCUACCACGAUCAAAAACAUUUGCCAAUACUUAGGAAGGUAACCAUUUGCCAAAUCAAGUCUAGAACACACAAACUAAAGGUCACUCCAAAGUCGUAACCAAAAUUAUGUCAAAUAUUUGCACAAACUUCUCUUAGGAAUUUAAACAAACUCUUGCUAAAAAGGAAAAGCAAAAAACAGUGAAGCAUGCUAUCUCUUAUGGGUUUCCCAACACAUCUCUAGAGUCCAAAUUCAUUCCUAUAUGAACAGUGAUGCUGUGUGAUUAUAUUUGUGGCACCGAAUUAGGAACAUAGGUCUGACCAAGGAAGGUGACAUUUUGUGAUGAUCAACAGGCAACCAAGUAAACCCAAACAGAACAACAGCUAGAACAAAAAACACCAACUUCGUUGAUGAAACUUUCAUCUUCGCCAUCAUUAGCAAUCAAAUAAUCGAAAAUGUUCAACACCCCCACUGCCUCAAAUUCCAAACACAACAGAUUAUAAACUGGUAUAACCAAAAGCAAGUGCUAUAAACACUUGCGUCUUUCGAAAGCACCAAGCUUUGGAAAUCCAAAUUGAUAACCAAGCAUGCCUUCAAUUUUCCAAAUAUUACACACCCAAACUCCCUCAAAAACUAACUCUAAAAAUGUGCAUUUCUACAAUCCCCAGAUCUCCCUACAGAAUGUCCAACCAAUUAGUUUUUGUAGUAAGGAAAAUACAAAUAACACAUCAUAAAACAUAAAAAAAAAAACUUUGCUUAAACAUAUUUAAAAUUGCCCAAUUUCAAAUAACACUUCAAUUCACAACACAUUUAAAAUUGCAUAAAAAAAUUUAAAAUGGUAGAAAAAAUACAUCCAAACUCAUACUCUGUGUGUGACUGAGGAGUGGUUGUAUGUGUGAAUGCGUGUAGACAGUGUGAGUGUGUGUGCAGACAGUGUGAGUGUGUGUGAAUGCUUGUUGUGUGCAUGUGUUCUAUGUUGGCUGAGAGGUUGUGUGUGUGAUCGCUGGGGGUUUGGGUAUGGGUGUGAUUUGCGUGUGUGUGUCUCUUAGACAUUUCAACAAACAGUUCAUGAGCAUUAUGAUGUGGGUCUGGGUUUUGGUCAUUUCAGUGAAAAACACAAAGAGGGGAGGGGAGGGGAUAAAGAGAAAUACCUAGGAUGGUUUUACCAACUUGCAAAUUAAUAGCACACCCAGAUACACAAGGUAAUGACUACCAAAGAUCUAUAUAUACCAAAACCCAGACCCCAAUCAUAAUUAUUCCAAAUCAAACCACCAAUAAGGUUUCUCUUGCGAUCUGAUUUUUGCGAUUUAUUUUUUGCGCAGAAGAGGGAUGAUGGGGAGAGAAGAAGAAGAGAAGAGGGAUAAUUGGGAGAAGAGGGUGUUGUGGCGCGGUUUCUCUAGCUCUGGCGCGGUGGCUAUGGUGGCUCUGCCUCUAGCUUUGGUGAUGGUGAGAGAGAGAGACCGAGUGUUUGUGUGUUUGGGGAGAAAAUUAGGGGGAGGGGAAGGGGAUAGGGAUGGGAAAGAGAGAGGAAGGGAGGGGGGAAACGACCAUGCCAUGAAUUUUGGAGAAGUGACCACUGUCUCGCCGCCUGCUCUCUGACAAUGAAGAGAUUGAGAUGCCGCCUGCUCUCUGAUAGUGAAGAGAUUGAGAUGAGAGAGAAGAAAUGAGAGAUAAGAGAUAUGGGGAAGAGCCGUUGGGAGAGAGAGGACAUGAGAGAGAACAUAUAUGGGGGAAGAGCCGAUCUGUGGGGGAAGAGGACAUGAGAGAGAAUAGAUAUUGGGUUAGGUUGGGUUGGGU